CCCCGCGGAGGCAGGCGCGGCGGUGGCUCUGCCGCAGGGCUUCCCGGCCCCGCCGCCGCCACCUCCCAGCUGAGGCGCGGGCGCCCUGCGCGGGGCAUGAAGUUGCGCCGGCAGCAGCGCGGCGGCGGCGGCGGGCGGAGCGGGGCGGGCGGCCCCGGCGGCGGCGACGACAGCAGCAGCAGCAGCAGAAGCAGCAUCAUCUUCUCUCUGGAGCCGUAGCCUGGGGCGGGUUCCGCCGCUUGUCCUAGCCGCACCUCUCGCAGCUCUCCGCUCCCCAUCGCGGCUCGUCCGGCGAGCUCGGGGCCGGGCCGGGGCACGGCGCUCCCCGGGCCGUGCGGCGCCGUGCGAUGUGUCCGCAGCGGCGGGCGGCUGCCGGCCCGCUUUCCUAGCUGUUGCGGGCUGCGCGGCGGCUGGCGGUGCCCCUCGGGAAGUUUGAUGGCUUCUUUGAGGAGAGUCAAAGUCCUGCUGGUGUUAAACUUGAUCGCGGUGGCUGGCUUCGUCCUCUUCCUGGCCAAGUGCAGACCCAUCACCGCCAAGAGCGGCGACUCCUUCCAUGACAUCCAUCCCAGGGCAGAAGUGGCCAACUUGACAGUCCACGGCAUCAGCUCCAUCCAGGAUGCAGUGCUGAAGAGGCUUUCGCUCCUAGAAGACAUAGUCUACAGGCAGCUGAAUGGUCUGUCCAAGUCACUUGGUCUCAUUGAAGGCUACGGUGGACGUGGCAAAGGUGGGCUUCCAGCCACACUGUCCCCUGAUGAGGAGGAGAAAGCAAAGGGACCACAUGAGAAAUAUGGUUACAACUCCUACCUCAGUGAGAAGAUUUCACUGGAUCGUUCCAUACCAGAUUAUCGCCCAACCAAGUGCAAAGAGUUGAAAUACAGCAAGGACCUACCCCAGAUCUCCAUCAUCUUCAUCUUCGUGAACGAAGCUCUCUCUGUUAUCCUGCGGUCGGUGCACAGCGCAGUUAAUCACACGCCAGCACACCUCCUGAAGGAGAUUAUCCUCGUGGAUGACAACAGUGAUGAAGAGGAGCUGAAGGCGCCGCUAGAAGAGUACGUCAACAAACGGUACCCGGGCCUGGUGAAGGUGGUGCGCAACCAGAAGAGGGAAGGUCUGAUCCGAGCUCGUAUCGAGGGCUGGAAAGCUGCCACUGGCCAGAUCACAGGAUUUUUUGAUGCUCACGUGGAGUUCACUGCUGGCUGGGCUGAGCCAGUCCUUUCCCGGAUCCAGGAAAACCGGAGAAGGGUCAUUCUCCCCUCCAUAGACAACAUCAAGCAGGACAACUUCGAGGUGCAGCGUUAUGAGAACUCUGCCCAUGGGUACAGCUGGGAGCUGUGGUGCAUGUACAUCAGCCCCCCCAAGGACUGGUGGGAUGCUGGAGACCCCUCGCUGCCUAUCAGGACGCCAGCCAUGAUCGGUUGCUCGUUCGUUGUGCACAGGAAAUUCUUCGGCGAGAUCGGGCUGCUGGAUCCUGGCAUGGACGUGUACGGAGGGGAGAACAUCGAGCUCGGCAUCAAGGUGUGGCUGUGCGGUGGCAGCAUGGAGGUGCUGCCCUGCUCCCGGGUGGCUCACAUCGAGCGCAAGAAGAAGCCCUACAACAACAACAUCGGGUUCUACACCAAGCGCAACGCGCUGCGCGUGGCCGAGGUGUGGAUGGACGACUACAAGUGGCACGUCUACAUCGCCUGGAACCUGCCCCUGGAGAACCCAGGUAUUGACAUUGGGGAUGUUUCUGAGAGGAAAGCAUUAAGGAAGAGCUUGAAGUGUAAGAAUUUCCAGUGGUACCUGGACCAUGUUUACCCAGAAAUGAGAAGAUACAACAACACCAUCGCUUAUGGGGAGCUCCGAAACAACAAGGCAAAAGAUGUCUGCCUUGACCAGGGCCCACAGGAGAACCACACAGCAAUACUGUACCCGUGCCACGGCUGGGGACCGCAGCUCGCACGUUACACCAAGGAGGGAUUCCUUCAUCUGGGUGCCCUUGGGACCACCACGCUGCUACCUGACACCCGCUGCCUGGUGGACAACAUGAAGAGUCGCUUCCCUCAGCUCCUGGACUGUGAGAAGGUCAAGAGCAGCCUCCACAAACGCUGGAAUUUCAUACAGAAUGGUGCCAUCCUGAACAAGGGGACAGGACGAUGCUUGGAGGUGGAGAACAGGGGCAUGGCUGGCAUCGAUCUGAUUCUUCGCAGCUGCACAGGACAAAGGUGGACAAUUAAAAAUGUCAUCAAAUAAAGGGUGGAAGAGUCAGAGGAGUCGGACUGGAAACACAGCUGACUUAAGACUGACCUGUCUGGACUCCUUUGGAAAGGAUGAAAUAUCAAUACAGAGCUUUAUUCAUGUUAUUAGGAGAGGACAUGGGGGAAAUGGGCAUUUGUGGCUUUUUAUUGUGUAUUAGUCUCCCACAGCUGAUUCCAACUGUGUGAAAUUGGGUCAGAACUGCUAUUUUCUUCUAGCAAGCACUCUAAAAGGUACCACUUAUUUCUGCUGGAAUGACUGUAAUAAGCUCAUGUAGUCUUGUGAGCAUUUUACUGUCAGGAAAUUGUUCUUUUCCCAGACAACACCAACCUCUCCCAAAGGUUUGCACCAUCAUUGGAGUUGAGAGACCUCCUUGGAUGUACCUGCCUGGCGAGCAUGAAAACCAGCAUGUUGGUGAGCAGAAAAGGUUGCCAAGCCCCACAGGAGCUGAGUAUUAAGGAUGUGCUAUUUUGUUAGCAGAAAAGGUUGCCAAGCCCCACAGGAGCAGAGUAUUAAGGAUGUGCUAUUUCACUCGGUCCUCUCUCUCUCUUCUCCCUCUCUUGCCCCCACAUCCAGCAGCCUCUUUCUUCAGUGUAGGAGAGGCAAAGCUCACUCCAGCAGUUUCCAUGGAUCUUUCCAACCCUUGAGCACAGAUGGCAUCAAACAGAAUCCUACUGACCAGUCCCUCCCAUGGAGACCCCACAUGGGUUCCCUUGAGAAAAGAUCUUGGAUGUCUGCCUGCCUGUCUGCCUGUGUAGUUGUCUGCCCUUUUUCACUACAUGAUGAGUAAAGCUUGUGAGCUGUAGAUCCACCUUGCCCUCCCAGCAGGGCCUGGCAGUGUCCCCUUGGAGACAGACCUGUAGCCUUUUUCUGCUCUUUCAGAAGUGAAUGUGCUGCUGUGUGGAUCUCUUUCAGAAGUGAGGGUGGAUGUGCUGCUGUGUGGAUCUCUUUCAGAAGUGAGGGUGGAUGUGCUGCUGUGUGGAUCUCUUUCAGAAGCAAGGGAGGAUGUGCUGCUGUGUGGAUCUCUUUCAGAAGCGAGGGAGGAUGUGCUGCUGUGUGGAUCUCUUUCAGAAGCAAGGGUGGAUGUGCUGCUGUGUGGAUCUCUUUCAGAAGCGAGGGUGGAUGUGCUGCUUUGUGGAUCUCUUUCAGAAGCAAGGGAGGAUGUGCUGCUGUGUGGAUCUCUUUCAGAAGCAAGGGAGGAUGUGCUGCUGUGUGGAUCUCUUUCAGAAGCGAGGGUGGAUGUGCUGCUGUGUGGAUCUCUUUCAGAAGCGAGGGAGGAUGUGCUGCUGUGUGGAUCUCUUUCAGAAGCAAGGGAGGAUGUGCUGCUGUGUGGAUCUCUUUCAGAGUGAGGGUGGAUGUGCUGCUGUGUGGAUCUCUUUCAGAAGCAAGGGUGGAUGUGCUGCUGUGUGCAUCUCUUUCAGAAGUGAGGGUGGAUGUGCUGCUGUGUGGAUCUCUUUCAGAAGUGAGGGUGGAUGUGCUGCUAUGUGGAUCUCUUUCAGAAGCGAGGGAGGAUGUGCUGCUAUGUGGAUCUCUUUCAGAAGCGAGGGUGGAUGUGCUGCUGUGUGGAUCUCUUUCAGAAGUGAGGGUGGAUGUGCUGCUGUGUGGAUCUCUUUCAGAAGCAAGGGAGGAUGUGCUGCUGUGUGGAUCUCUUUCAGAAGUGAGGGUGGAUGUGCUGCUGUGUGGAUCUCUUUCAGAAGUGAGGGUGGAUGUGCUGCUGUGUGGAUCUCUUUCAGAAGCGAGGGAGGAUGUGCUGCUGUGUGGAUCUCUUUCAGAAGUGAGGGUGGAUGUGCUGCUGUGUGGAUCUCUUUCAGAAGUGAGGGUGGAUGUGCUGCUGUGUGGAUCUCUUUCAGAAGCAAGGGAGGAUGUGCUGCUGUGUGGAUCUCUUUCAGAAGCAAGGAUGGAUGUGCUGCUGUGUGGAUCUCUUUCAGAAGCAAGGGAGGAUGUGCUGCUGUGUGGAUCUCUUUCAGAAGCAAGGAUGGAUGUGCUGCUGUGUGGACCUCUUUCAGAAGUGAGGGUGGAUGUGCUGCUGUGUGGAUCUCUUUCAGAAGCAAGGGAGGAUGUGCUGCUUUGUGGAAGAGGCUGGGAGCAGAUAACGUGGAAGAGACUCCCUCCUGGGCUACCCUCCCAUGGAGGCUGUAGGGUUUGAGUUGCUCUGAAUGAAGACAUGAGUAAUGUGGUCUCCACAACUUAGUAGUGGUGUUCUCUUCCUGAGGCUUGAGCACACUGCUCCUGUGUAGAUAGUGUCCACCUGUGCUCAAGGGUCACCUCAAACAGUGCAUGUCACUGCAGACCUUCAUGAACUGUGCUGAAGGAAGCAAGAGGGAGGACAAGGGACAGAUAAAUGGCAGCUUGGCUGAGAAUCUUGACCCGAAGUCACUUGAGGCUUGUUAAUAAAUAUGGUGGGGUGCUCUCACCUGCUGUUUUUUUUUUGGCCCACAGUCACCUUGGCUACCAAAUCUACUCAACCACCGUGGGAGACCAUUGGUUUGGAGUCCUGAUGUUGUGGCUACCUGGAAAGGGAUCAACCAAAGUUGCUUGAGGUGGAUGCCACGCUAAUGGCUCCAGGCUUUGGUGGGUAGAGAGGAGAAGCCAGCCCAUCUCCUGUCCUUCUCACAGAAUAAUACUCUCUCUGGUUGCCCUCUGGCUAGGGUGCACUAAAGUAUAUUAAUAUAUGAGCUGUACCUGUAAAUAUGUUUCCCAAAGCUGGGAUGUGCAGAGAGCUGUUUGCUGCAGAGCACUCAUGCCUGUCUUCCAUUUGCAUCAGGAUGAAGCUACCUGGAUGUUUAAUGAGUUUAAUUUUCAAUGCCAUGCAGCAGGUUUGUAACUGAGGUUUUAGUAAUUUAUUGCACAGGAGCAGAUACAUUUCCUUGUUCCUUCUCCAGCAGUGAGCAUCCCAUAGGACCUGAUUGUUCGUUUAGGCUUGGCAAAGACCUCUUCAUCCAUCAGGCUUGCCUCUGAAUUUCUGGAUUCUCUUUUUCUUUCUUCUUUUCUUUUCUUCUUCCCUCCCCUCCUUGCCUUCCUUAACGAGGUUUUACCUCUUGGUUGUCCUGACUUGCAGUAAUCAGUGUAGAAUUUUUUGCUCUCACCUUUGCCAUUGCCUCAUCUCUUGUAUAAUAAAUUCUAGCUCUCAACCAAAACCAACCACCCAACCAAACCCAGACCAACAACCAAUAUGGUCACAACAUCUUCAGGUGCAUGAUGUGUUUCCCCCUUGCAUUUGUUGCUGCCUUCUAAGAAAAAAAAGGAUUUGCUGAUGAAGUGAACUCCAGGCUGGAGCAUUUGAGACUUCACAGCUGCGGUCAGGAUGGUAACAAAAUGCCCUUUGACUGAGCAAGCAGUUUGCUGUCAGUCAGCAGUGGAAGCCACACGUUGUCCAGGGCUGGGAAAAGCCUGCAUGCUUCGUCAGGAUAACCAACCAAAAAGCCCUUGGAUGUUGCCUGUGCUGUGAUUCACUGGUCCAGCUCUUACCCUGCCAGUGCUCAGGGCGCCAGCAGAUGGGCUUUGUCAGCUUAAAUUGUGGUGGUCUAAGGUGUCACCACCCCCGGCCUGCCAUCUGCUUCAGCUGCUGGAGGCUUCUGUCCCCACCACCGGCAGCAGGAAUGAAUGUGCAGCUGCACCUCGGCUGCUGGAGUUGGCAGCACCUGCUGCAGCCAGCAGGCAGGAGGGGCUCGCCUGGAUUUAACGCGCUGGAUUGCCAGCCAGAGUCACUCUGGGAUGGCCACCUGGCUCUGCACAGGAGGUGGCAGCCCCUGGCACAAGCGAAGUUCACCACCCAGCAUCUCCAGCUGCCCGGUGGCUUUUGUGCUGCCUGGUGGAGGUGACAUAAAAGAGCUUGGAAGCUUGCCCUCAGGCAACACAGGAUAACCUGGACUUGAGGAUGCUGGUGGUGAUGGGAUCUCUGGAUCCUUGGAAGUAUUGAGGUUUGGAGAUGCCUUUCUUUCGUGCUCCACAAGGAAAACAAAUGCCUGGACAUCCAAAACAAAGGGGAUGGUGGAAAUGAACGCUUCAAGGUGAGGCAGAAGCCCUGCUGAGGUGGUUUGCCUGGUCUCACUGGUGUACCCAGAGUGCUUCCAAACGGCUGGGAGAGGAGCAGCACGAGGGGAAAUCAAGAUGGAAAGCGAGGAUCUGAUCUGCUGCGUCCCCAUAACUGAAGUUCUGCUCUGACACUGGCUUGCCACAUGCAGAGAUGAUUGCCAAGGUGAUGACCUGAGGUCUGCCCCCUCCUAAACUGUAGAAAUCUUGUCUUAGAAACCUGGAUCUGUUGCAUCUUGUGCUUAUCUCUAAUAAUAUGUUAAUUGCUUUAAAAAGUGAUAUCGGAGUGGUUCUUAUUAAAUAUAUGAUUUGA